AUGAUCCUGUCACUCAUAGUCCAGCUGUUGACUCUCUGUGAGCUGUCCCUCCCCUGGCCUGGGUGUCAGAUGGACUUCACACCAACAGCCCCCCCAGCCUUUUACCCCCAGCCAUUGCUGGGGGCUCAUCCUGCUGCAGUUGUGACUCCUGGAGUCAACGUGACCUUGAGGUGCCGUGCACCCCAACCUGCCUGGCGGUUUGCACUCUUCAGAACAGGUGUUGUUACACCGCUGCUCUUUCGAGAUGUGUCCACGGAGCUGGCUGAGUUUUUUCUGGAGGAGGUGACCCUGGCCCAGGGGGGCAGUUAUUAUUGCCGCUAUCGCAGGACAGACUGGGGACCGGGUGUCUGGUCCCAGUCAAGCAAUGUCCUGGAACUGCUGGUGACAGAUCAAUUACCCAGACCAUCGCUCGUGGCAAUGCCUGGGCCUGUGGUGGCUCCAGGAGCCAAUGUAAGCCUGCGCUGUGCAGGCCGCAUGCCAGGCAUGAGUUUCGCUCUGUACCGCGUGGGUGUGGCGACCCCCCUGCAGUACAUCGACUCUGUGCUGCCCUGGGCUGAUUUCCUUCUGAUCGGCGCCGAUGCCCCAGGCACCUACAGUUGCUAUUACCACACGCCCUCUGCCCCUUAUGUGCUGUCGCAGCGCAGCCAGCCACUGGUCAUCAGCUUCGAAGGUUCUGGCUCUUCAGACUAUACUCAGGGAAACCUCAUUCGUUUAGGGCUGUCUGGCCUGGUCCUCAUCUGCUUGGGCAUCUUAGUUACUUUUGACUGGCAUAGCAGGAGCUCUGCUUUUGGUGGCCUCCUGCCCCAACAAAACCGGGUGUAG